UUAUAUUUGUUAUUAUAUUUAUUAUUUGUUUAUACAUUUGUUUGCUGUUAUUGUAAAAUAAUCAAUUUCUCCUGUAUUGACAUUUUCUACAAUCAUGUAAAACCCUUCAUUCUUAAAUUUCUGUUAAGGUGUGUGUUAAUUUACUCCUAGGACAAGAAGUGAACUCAGGGUUCAUCCCAAGUGAAGCCAAGUCAGUUAUUAUAGUAAGAAAAUGUGGUUUUAUAAUUAAUUAAGUUAUUAUAAAAUAAAAAUACAAUAGAUAUGAGGAACACAAAUGAAGUUAUGAAGGCAUACCGCCUUGGCGAUUACAGACACUGUUUACAUGUUUUUGGCAAUAAGUCAUUAGGCCUGAGUUAUUUACCAAAAACUACUGAAGAUGGGGCAACUUUAAAUCAAAUUACUAAAGAAUUUAUCUUGGAAAAUAAUGAAGCUCUUUGUCAUUCAAUUGUUGAGUUUGAAAGAAGUAAACAGACGUGGUUGGAAUCUCUAUAUCGCUUUACACAACUAUACUCCAAGUAUAAGAGUUUACUUGUGAUUCCUAUAGAACUAGAGAUGACUGUGAUAUACAAUACACUGUGGUGGUUUUGGAUCAAGCCAAAUGUGUUUCCAACGUCUUCACAUCAUUUAGAGACUUUUUGGAAAUCCGUUUCUUGCUGCCUGAUUAAAGUGCUUAAAUCAAGAGGAGAAGUGAUUUUAGGCGAAGAUGCUUCAGACGACGUGUCAAGUGUCGUAAGUUUACUCAAACGAGCUUCCGACCAACUCUUGUGCCUCAGCCCGGUGGCUUGUGUCAGAUUGUUGGAUGUAAUAACAAUCAUAACCCAAGUGUUACUCAAGGAGGCGUUAUUUGGUACUGCCGCAGAAUGUAUGACUAUGAUGUCUAGAAUUGUCCAUAAAAUUGACGUGUUGCGUCUUCAUGUUGAAAAAGGCAUAGGUCUAACCACUGAUAAAGAAGAGUUUUAUUUUAAAUUUGGUUUCAAAUGUUUAAAUUCUACAGCUUCGCUUAAGGACUGUACUGAUUCCAUCAAUGCUUUUAUUACCACUAGUAGUAUGAACUGUGAGUUGAAUAAAGAAUAUGAGCAAUCAAUCAAAUGUUUGGAAGCAGUGUCUAAAGAAGAUAGUUCAGAUAAUUUCUUGAUGAACUAUUUAAAAGCGCACUGUAACUUGAUGUCUCAACAGCUGAUAGAGGCAAAGCUGUGCCUAGCCUACGUCAUGUCAGGGCCAGUGCCGCCGCUGCAGCUGGCGCACUACAGGUUGUUGUUGGCACGACUGCUCGGUGCACAGGGCGAGCAACAGACAGCUCUGGCGCAGUGCGACGCCGUGCUAGCCUCACACCCAGACCACUGUAGGUUGGCUAGCCUCGCAGCACAUCUUGCGUCACAACUGGUAAACACCUCCGUGAGGCUCAGCUAUCUCAGGAAGCUUGUACAGAGUUUGAAAACUGAGUUAUCUCAAGAUAAGGGACAUUUUGAAAGUUUUGAAGAAUGUUGCAUUUUAACGCUUUCGAGACAAUUCUCAAUUAGUUUGCCAGAAGCGGUCUACAAGCUGGCGAGGCAGCUGUACCUCACUGGGUAUCAUGUAAAGUCACUGGACAGCUACAAAGAGUUGCUGGAACUAGUUUCUCAGUCUGCAGAACGUUCCCCCCAGCUGCCUCACAGAUCUCAGAUUACUCAGGAAUGUAUUCUUGCACACAUCAAGUCCAACAACAUCUCUGGAGGUGAACAGCUGUGUCGUCAGCUGAUCAAAGAUCAUCUGCCACACUCUGGUGGUAAAUGUAGUGUGUGGGAGGAUUACCUCUACACACAGGAAGAUGAUGUCAUCACUCUAGUGCUGCUUGCUGACCUCCUUGUAGCUGCAGGCAACAAGAGGAAAGCACUUGAAGAACUAAAUAGAUGUCAGAAUGCGUUGUCUGAGUGGAGAGAACAGGCUAAGUGUGAGACUGACAUGCAGCUGUGUGAUUGGCUGCUGUGUCGUGUCAUGUUACGCAAAGCCAAGAUUAGCAACUCUUCAGAUGCAGUUCACUACUUCCGUAGAUCUCUUGCGUACAAACCAGGAGACAAAGAGGCGAUGUUCCACUACAAGCAGUGGUCUCUGUGGCACCCGGACCAUGAGUCGUUCGACCCUGGUGACUCGUCUGCAGCUGUCACCUUCCCUGUGGACGAGCUGCACAACCUGGCUGUCCGCCACGUGCUCGGCUGCGCUGUCAGUGAGGAGGAGUGGAACCACCUGUUUAACCAGGAGGCCAGCCAGAACCUCAUCGAGUCACUGUUUGACGAUGACGAGUAAUUAUAUUUGUACGUUUUGUA